AUGGAUCGUGUGAAGGAGAGGCUCAAACAAAAGAAGAUUGAUCUUCACUACACAGAAGCAGCUGUUGAUCUCUUAGCAACUCUGGGCUUUGAUCCUAACUUUGGAGCAAGGCCUGUGAAGAACAGUUGGUUGAGAAUGAACUUGCAACGAGACUCUUACGCGGAGAUUUCAAGGAGGAAGACUCGGUCAUCAUUGAUGCUGAUGUAUCGGCCAAUGACCGACCUCCCCAUAAGAGAUUGA